UCUUUUUGAAAAUGUUAAAUCCUGAAGUGGACUUGAAGCCUGACUGGAUACUUUAUUUAUUCUUGGAUAUUAUUGCAGAUUCCUACGAACCCGCAGCUAACAUGGCCGAAUCUGAGACAAACGCUAUUGACGAGCUGAUCUUCUAUCUCAGCGAAUCCGACCAGCACGAUGUCCUGCGUCGUUUCGGAAUCAGCCGAAAGAAAAUGUCUUUACUUACUAAUAAACUAAAAUCCAAACGCGAUAUACUUUUGUUUCUCACUUCAUCUCGAAAAUCUGGAAAUCGCGUGCAUGGAUCCACUUACGUUUAUUUUAGAGAUGUGUUAGAUUUAGUACAGCAGCUACUUGUCAAAGUGGAACAAUCUCGCGAGUUGCUAAACAGUGUUCAGGCCAACUAUCUUGCUCAGUUAAGCGUUCAAUUGAGCGUCAAUUCCAACAAAUCCAACGACUCGUUAAACAAACUCACCGUCGCUUCUGUUAUUUUUCUUCCUUUAAAUUUAAUUGCUGGAGUUUUAGGGAUGAACGUUCCUAUCCCUUUUCAACGCUCCGGCUCGCUCCUACCUUUUUUUGCAGUUGUUGGCAUUAUGGUGAUGGGAGCUUUAGUUUUCGCAUUUGUGUGCAAAAGAUUUAAAUAUUUAUGA